GAGAUAAAUCCAAACAAAACGAGUGCACUCAUCAAUAAAACUAACAUAGUAUUUGAAACCUUUGUGAGAAGUGAUGGGUGCAGGUCCCUAAAGAUCAGAAUGGAUCACAUCAAAAGGUUUGUGAUUGUGUGCAGUGGAAGACAAAAAUGGGAGCCAGCAAGAAGGUGCAGCAGUUGGUCAUUUUCGGCUAACCUUUGGCCUGCUGCAGCAAGAAGAUCACAUAUGCCCUUAACCUUGUUGAAAUAUUCUCUCAUUUUGGUGCUGCCUUUCUUGAGAGUCUGCAACUCAAGUUUGAGUUGCAUUUGUUUGGCAAGGCUAUGGCUUGCAAAGCUUGUUUUCAGAGUAUCCCAGAUCUCUCUCGAGCUGUUUAGACCAACAGUGGAUAUCAGCACAUUUUCAGACAAAGAAGAUAAGAGCCAUGAUGCAAUAAGUUGGUCCUGCUUCACCCAGUUCAAGAAGGCUUUGUUGAUUGAUGGCUCAUUUGUAUCUGGAUCUGUAAUGAUCUUGUAUGGUAUGGCAGUUUCUCCUGUGAGAUAUCCAAGCAGUCCAUAUCCUCUGAUGGAAGUGAGGAUUUGCUCAAGACUGAAACUGUUUGUGAUGGAUGUGAUUAUGCAGAGCAUGAGGAAGCCAAAGCUAUUCUGGGUGUCGGCCGGAGCCCCUCUACUCUCUGUCAUCAUCUCAACAUUGCUCGUUUUCGCAUUCAGAGCUCAAAACCAUGGAAUUAGUGUAAUUGGGAAAUUACAAGAAGGGUUAAAUCCUCCUUCAUGGAACAUGCUGCAUUUUCAUGGUAACUAUUUGGGACUCGUAAUCAGAACCGGGCUUGUCACCGGCAUCAUUUCACUCACGGAAGGAAUUGCAGUAGGAAGGACUUUUGCGGCACUAAAGAACUACCAAGUGGAUGGAAACAAGGAGAUGAUUGCCAUCGGGCUAAUGAACAUAGUCGGAUCAACCACCUCUUGCUACGUAACAACCGGUGCGUUUUCACGGUCGGCCGUGAACCACAAUGCAGGCUGCAAAACAGCACUCUCCAACAUAAUAAUGGCAGUGACUGUGAUGGUGACCCUCCUCUUUCUGAUGCCUCUUUUUCAGUACACGCCAAACGUGGUAUUAGGGGCCAUCAUCGUGACAGCUGUCGUCGGCCUUAUAGACUUCCCAGCCGCCUGCCAAAUUUGGAAAGUAGACAAAUUUGAUUUUCUUGUCAUGCUCUGUGCCUUUUUCGGGGUUCUCUUUAUCUCUGUACAGGAUGGCCUAGCCAUCGCGGUGGGAAUAUCUAUAUUCAAGAUCUUGCUUCAGAUCACGAGACCGAAAACAGUGAUGCUAGGGAAUAUACCGGGCACCGACAUUUAUCGAAAUCUAGAUCAGUACAAAGAAACAGUUAGUGUGCCCAAGUUUCUGAUCCUCAGCAUUGAAGCUCCCAUUAACUUUGCUAAUACCACAUAUCUUAAAGAAAGGAUUACAAGAUGGAUAGAAGAAUACAAAUCGUCGCCCGAGGAUGAGAAUGGUAAAAAGAAGGCAGAACUGAAGUUUGUGGUUCUUGAUUUAUCUGCUGUGAGUGCGAUCGAUACGAAUGGAGUUGCAUUUUUCAAAGAUUUGAGGAUGACAAUGGAAAAGAAGCAUCUGGAGCUUGUGCUGGUAAAUCCACUUGGUGAGGUGAUCGAAAAAUUACAGCGUGCAGACAAUGCAAAAGAGUAUGAAAGGGCUGAUUGUCUGUUCUUGACUGUUGGUGAAGCAGUUUCUUUUCACCUCCAAAAUGUGAAGUCAUUCGUCUAA